AUGGCUAGCCAGAAUGGUUUACAGUCCCGCCGCUCCCUAGGGAAACAACGGGAAGCUAAAGCGAGAGAUGCUCCUGUUUCCUCACUUAUACCAAGCCAUCUUGCAUCCCAUCUAGCCGCAGACACAAGCGGUGAAUAUGGAAUUGAUCGUGAAACCUUCUCACAGCUACGGCGCGAAAUUCUUAGCCAGGGCGAAGAUGACAAAGCAAAUACUAAUGAUAACAUCAAUGAUAUCUACAAUCUUAUAUGUGUUGUGCUGAAAGCUGGGCUUGAACAAUCUCUCAAGACCCAGGGCGUUAGGACCUCCGGAGAAGAUAUUAUGGGUCAAACACUUGACUGCCUGGAUAUCAUUCGUCUGGCUGUACAGAGAGCGCCAGCUGUUCUAAAGGGGAAUGCAAAACCAGGAUUUCUGAAAGAAAAUACUCCACAGUCACCGUUGUUUGUAUGGGUUCUAUCGCCUCUACUUACCCUUCUUUGUUCUUGGGACGAUCGGAGUAUACAGGACAAAGUAUGCCAGGUUAUUUCAGUUCUGUAUGGUGCUCAGUUUAAAACUAUUGAGCUAUGUUACUCCGUGAAGUCAAUAUCCCGAUUUCUCCAGGCCUGUGUUGGUGAAUUGGUCCAUACAAUCGAGACCGCUAAUAUACCUUGCGGAGGCGUUUCUCCCUGUAACGAUCUGUAUUUUCCGGUGCCCACCGUUGAAUUUUUAUCACGUCUAGAUGAGCUAGGUCUUCCGCGAAACUGCUGCAGUAGGAAUGAGCUAGGAAAUCCGCAAACCGUUGCUAUGGCUUGUCUCAGACUCAUAGAGACUAUCUCAUGUCCGAUUGAGCUCGCCUUAGCUGAUGCAAAAGCAGCCUUUUUACGAGAAAGCUUUAACUAUGGCUUGCAUUUAGCAGUAAGGUUAUGGAAAACAGUAUUGGGAUGGUUUGAUACGAACACAGUGGCUCUAGGCGAAGAAAGCCUGUCUAGCCUUCUGGUCGAAUUCGUCUCGCUUUCUAGAAAAUUAUGCACCUAUUCGACUCGGCUUAGUUCACGCAUUGACCAGAGGGUGUUACAUCUAUUGUUUCAAUGUGUUGUUGACUUAGUGGAUACUGAGCAAUUGAAGGGAAGCAUUGAGUUGCAACAGGUCCUGGCUGAAUUUCUUAUGGAAGUAAUUCGACUGAGUCAAUCGUUCGCCGGAAUAGAAGACCUAGUCGAGGAGCUGUUUUUCUGCCCCUUGUCCGAUAUUAAUGCUAAUCUAGAGCUCUUUCAAAGGCUGCAUCAAUCACUCCAGCAUGUUGUUCUUAGGGUGCUCGCUGGGGAACAUAGAACAAAGCUCAGGUCCAAAGUAGUCCGGCGUGUUGGGCUAUGUGAUAAAGAUAGGGGGUCUACCUCUCGUUCGCAUGCUCUGGACGAAAGCAAUUUCCCCAUGGCCGGAUUAUUUGAUACCUCUACUGAUGAAAGAGCCCGAAAGCGACCACGGCUGUCUAAUAAGGAAGAUGAGGACGCUCACUCAGAUCUUUCGAGCGUUAUUUCCAAUCAAAUUUACACUACCCUUGGAGUCUUCCCACCAAAUGGGCUUGAGGAUUUAGACGAAGAUGCUAUGCAUGAUUUCUCAAGUUUACCUCCUAGCGAUAAAUGCAUUAUUAUUACCAAUAUGGGAAGAUUGGCUUGUGUCUGGACAAAAAGCCUUAGUGGGGAAGAGUAUGGUAAUAUUGCGGGACAAACGUAUACAUGCAAAGUGUGUGAUUGCGAGACAGAAAAAGGUCAUACUAAGAAACCGAUUUCCUCUCUCCAGUUUGGCCAUCUUCGGAACAUUUUUGCCGGAAUUCUACCCCGAGUCAAGGAUUCAGGGAGCUGCAGAAUUGCUGCAAUGGUUGCCAUUCGCAACAUUAUUAACCAUGAUCUGCAUGAUGAUGAAGACAGACUAGAUAUUUCCCCAUUUGGAGAAUACUGUCUACAGUCCCUAAAAAGCUCCAUUCGAGAGUUAAGGGUUGCCGCUGGGAAAACGAUAGUGUCAUUCCUAAGAGGCUCCCGUGGGUCAGAUAUACGUUGCGGCAAUUUUGUUGUGGCUCUAGAGUACCUCCAUAAGAUCUUUGAAAAGAAUGAGCUUUAUCUGCAGGAAACAUGCGUUAUGGCUCUGCGUCAAAUAGCUGAGAUUUCAAAUGAUGAAGAGAUGAAUAUUGUGCUUCUCCGGUUACUUGAGUACCUAGGCCAUGCUAACCCAUUUGUUAGUGGGAUUGCAUAUACAGAGAUAUCUAAACUAGCAACUCUGUUGAGAUUAACACCAGCAGCACUUUUUCGGCCUUUCUGGAGAACCCUAUCUCUUUUGGUCAUAAAAAAUUUUCAAGCUCGGCCACAAAUAGCGGAUGAAUUGUGUGAUUUACUUGGGAUGGAGGUUAAUGGCUUCUUGCGCCUAACAACGAUUUAUACCUUGCCUUAUCUUGUUUUGACCAGAAAGAAAGAUAUUAUCACACGAAUUGCAAUGACGCACAGCAAGAAGUCUGUCUCAGAAUUAAUCAAGACUCGAUCUCAUCUGGCAUCAAUUCUAGCUCUUUUGCUGGUGCAGCCUUUUCCUAACCCAGAAACUGCCAUACCAUCUAUACUGCAGGAGCUUUCCGUCAAAUUUAAUGAUCCAACACUUUCGAAGUUAGUUCGAUCAGAGUGUGUCCCGAUUACCUGUGAGUUACUUCGAGGAUUAGGCGGCUCCGGUGAAGGGAAAGGAUCUAAGUACUAUGAUGCUCUUGAAUACAUUGCAUCUGUGACACCCCGGCAAGCUGGCCGCGGAGUAGUUGCAAGGAUAGAUAAUCUAAGCGUGUUUAUUGAAGAACACGUUCUAGGAGUGGUAACGGAGUUUGUCCACGUUAUCAACGACUUCCAGGUCUUGCAGCCGAUUCCAGAAAAAAAACGGGACAUAAUUGCCAUGGGAGAAAUGAUAAAAAUUGCUAAGGGUAACAUUAGUAUUGCAUUGCCACAGAUUUGUGCCUGCUUGCGCUCUGCUUUAGACUCAGUCGAGCUUCGUGAUCAUGCAUUUGCUACGUGGAACAUAAUGAUUCUUGCUCUUAAUGAUAUUGACCUCGAGCCAUUGAUCGGUCAAACAUUUGCUCUCAUUCUUAAAUAUUGGAACUUCCUGACAGAGGAAAGCAAAAAGAGAGAAAUAGAGCUUGUGGACUAUAUUCUCAACGACCAUAAAGAUACCCUUGUCACUGUUUCUGAGACUCUCCCAUCUCUUGAAUCGAUACCUGAGCUUUCUGAACAAAACAAAAAUAUUGAGAAACUCAAGCAAGGGAUGGAUAUACGAAGUAAAUUCAUGGCAUUAUGUCGGCGAUGUCAGAGCGAUAAUUUCGCUGUCGUUGAGCGGGCUCUGCUUGAGCUCCUGCCAAAUCUCACCGAGCACGAGGAGUUCAUACAUGGCUCUAUGUUUAGUGAACAACCGGACAAAAGCCUAGUUGGAAAAGUGACAAGAACUUUACUGGAUUGCUGCGUCAAGUAUAACUCAAGCUCUCCAACUAUAGUUUCACUUUGUGCGCAGUGUCUCGGUCUAAUAGGCUGCCUUGACCCUAAUCGCAUAGAGUCAAUCAAGGAGAAAAGGGAAAUAGUUGUCUUGUCCAAUUUUGAGAGAUCCGAUGAAACCCUGGAUUUCAUUAUAUUCUGCCUGCAAAAUAUCCUUGUUGACGCUUUUUUAGCGGCAUCUAACAGCCGAACCCAAGGGUUCCUGGCGUAUGCUAUGCAGGCGCUCCUGACUACGGGCAACUUAAGCGCUGCAAUUCCGCCCAGGUCACAGGAUCCCCAAUCCAGCGACUUGUAUCGACGAUGGUUAGAACUUCCUGAGCUAUCUCGAAAUACGUUAACUCCAUUUCUCAACUCGAAGUACUCUGUCACAAUUGGUGCAAUUAGUACUUCGUGCCACUAUCCCUUGUUUACUCCGGCUCUAAACCACUCGGAAUGGCUUAAGACCUUUGUCCUUGAUAUGCUUCAAAAAGGCAAAAGUACCAAUAUUCAAAUACUUUUCAGCGUGUUCAGCCGGAUUAUUCGAACCCAGGAAAAGUCUAUAUCCGUAUUUUUGCUUCCGUUUGCUGCUCUUAAUGUUGCAGUUAGCUCCGUUGACGAAGAGCGCGAGAAUCUCAAGGGGGAGCUUACUAAUAUUUUGGAAUGCCCCUUGCCUGAUCACAAGGGACCUGAACGGGAGAAUCUGAUUUUAUUCAGCGAGAGUGUGUUUGCCGUUUUAGACUAUUUAUCCCGUUGGUUGCAUGGAAAGAAGAAAGAGUAUACAAGUAUCACUUCUACUGGAAACCAUGCCAGCCGUAGUCAAAAAGAAUCUCUCACAGAGUCUGCUGUCCAGAUAAAGAGGGUGGAACACUUGUUAGCAUGCAUACCAGCUGAGAUAAUAUCAAAACGGGCAGUUGAGUGUAAGUCAUACGCCAGAGCUCUCUUCCACUGGGAGCAAUACAUACGUCAACAGAAGUCACGGCCAGAAAUAGGUUUCAUGGCACUUCAACCACUAUAUCAAAGGCUACAGGACAUUUAUACCCAGAUCGAUGAGCCCGACGGAAUUGAUGGCAUAUCAUCGCGCUUACAUGUCCUUGAUCUUGAUCAACAGUUAUUGGAACAUCGAAACUCAGGCCGAUGGGCUGCCGCGCAAAGUUGGUACGAGCUGCAGUUAAAUAAGUCACCCAAAGACCUCGACACGCAGAUAAAUCUCCUGACAUGCUUAAAGGAAUCUGGACAAUAUGGUGUACUUCUCAACCAAUAUGAUUCCUUGAAAAAAAAUGAGGCCAUUGUACCAAAGAUGCUCCCUUUCGCAAUCGAAUCUUCUUGGGUGACAGGAAAAUGGGGAAAGCUCGAAAAACUCACAUUAGGGCGUCGUGACGAGAUCGCGACUGACUUCAAUAUUGGCAUCGGUGCUGGUCUGGUUGCAUUCCGGCAGGGGAAGAAAGAUGAACUACAAAAAAUCAUAGAAGAGCUCCGAAUGAAUGUUGCAACAGGGUUCACCCCGAAUUCCGUGGCAACAUUCCAGGCUAGUCAUGAUGGCACCCUUAAGUUGCACAUCCUGAGUGAAAUAGAGCUCCUGACUUCAGGCUCUUAUGAUGAUGCUUCUAUUUCACGAAAUGAACUUCUUACGAUGUUGGAUCGCCGUUUGGACAUGUUAGGAGGCUGUAUUUCGGACAAGCAAUACGUGCUUGGAAUUAGACAAGCUAUCAUGGAUUUGUCCCCUGCAUACGACGAGUUAGAAGUUGCAUCUGUUUGGCAGCGGAUUGCAAAGCUGGCGAGGAAAGCAAACUGGAAUGACCGAGCUUUCAAUGCCGUCGUACAUUCUGCCCAGCUCAAUGACAAGACUUCUACUAUUGAAUACGCAAGACUUCUGUGGAAGGAGGGCCUUCAUAGAAAAGCCAUACAAACGCUGGAUCGGGCCAUUGCUGCCAGAGCCUUUGGUCCGUACGAUCGCCCUGAGACUAGUGAUAAUGACGUCUCUGUUCUCGGAAAAGGCUACGAACAAAACAUACUUAUUGCAAGGGCCUUUCUCCUACUCGCAAAAUGGAUGGAUCGUGCUGGGCAGACGCAGUCAGAUUACAUCGUCUCAAGGUAUCGUCAGGCUAUCCAUUAUCAUUCGAGGUGGGAAAAGGCACAUUAUUAUCUAGGGAAGCACUAUACAAAGAUAUUAGACUCCGAGAAGUCUAAACCCCUGGGUAAAGAGGGUCAAAAAUACUUAAGUGGUGAAGCCUCAAAGUUGGUUAUCAACAGCUAUCUUAGGUCUCUGACGUUUGGCAAUAAGUAUGUUUCCCAAACUCUGCCUAAGGUUCUUACAUUAUGGCUAGAGCAUGCCGCAGCAGUCGACCAACCAUUUGACCCAAAACGCGGAGACAACGAGGACUUCCAAAGGCACAACAUGUCACAACGAAGGAAGAAUUUGGAUGAGAUGCACUCUCAGCUUAAGAAAUAUACCAGUCGUAUAUCUCCAGCAUUACUCUUCACAAUUCUACCUCAAGUUGUGGCCCGAAUAUGUCAAUCGAAUACCACUGUUUAUAACACACUUACGUCAAUGAUCGUGAAACCUGUUGUCGCUUUCCCCCAGCAAGGGUUAUGGACCGUGCUUGCGUUGCGAAAGUCUUCUUCAAAAGAUCGCUUAUCACGCGGGAUUACCAUUCUGCAAAAGAUAAUUGAGUCCUCCAGAAGAGCAAAAACAGAUCACUCAGCGGGAGAUAUUCGGUCUAUCAUUAACCAAGGGCAGAAGUUUUCGGAUGAGCUCCUGGAACUUUGCCUCGCACGUAUAGAGGAGAGAACCCCGAAAGUUAGCUUGUCAGAAACCUUGCGUUUUAACCAUAGGGUAGCACCAUGCAGGCUUGCUAUUCCUCUAGAGGCUACUUUGACUCCGACGCUGCCCUCAAGCCAUGAGCCUCACUUCCUCAAGACAUUCCGUGCUUUUCCAGCUGAUACAAUAACAAUUGAGACCGUCCUAGACGAAGCUCUGAUCCUUAGCUCUCUGCAAAAACCGCGUAAGAUAAGUAUACGCGGAUCAGACGGAAAAAUUUAUGGUCUUCUAUGCAAGCCUAAGGAUGACCUUCGCAAAGACCAGCGCUUGAUGGAGUUCAACAGCAUGAUCAACCGAUUUCUUAUGAGGGACCUCGAGUCGAAUAAGCGUCGCCUAUAUAUCAAAACUUAUGCAGUCACCCCACUGAAUGAAGAAUGUGGCCUAAUUGAAUGGGUCGAUAACCUCAGAACCCUAAGGGAGAUAGUGACAAAACUUCUCAAGGAACGAGGUGUAAGCCUAAACUAUCAAGAGAUACGCCGGAAUUUGGACGAAGCAUGCGCGGACGACUCCAACCUUACAGUUUUCACAGAUAAGGUAUUAGCAAGGUAUCCGCCAGUUCUGCAUGAAUGGUUUGUUGAAACAUUCCCAGAGCCAGCCACAUGGUUUGCGGCCCGCCUAAAAUACACACGAUCCAGUGCCGUCAUGUCUAUGGUUGGGUAUUCUCUAGGACUUGGUGAUAGACAUGGAGAAAACAUGUUAUUUGAAGAAGCUACUGGAGGAAUUCUCCAUGUUGAUUUCAACUGUCUCUUUGACAAGGGGCUGACUUUUGACAAACCCGAACUUGUCCCAUUCCGACUUACCCAUAACAUGAUUGAUGCAUACGGAGCAUACGGAUAUAACGGCCCCUUCCGGAAAUCUUGCGAGCUUACAUUGGAUCUCCUUCGACAGAACGAAGACUCUCUAAUGACGAUUCUCGAGACCUUCUUACAUGACCCAACGACAGAUUUUAUUGGAAAGAAGAAACGACAUAACCCACGCGUUCCAGAUACACCCGAGGGUGUGCUUGAACUUGUCCGCAACAAGCUCCGAGGGCUCCUUCCUGGUGAAUCAGUCCCUUUAUCAGUGGCAGGGCAUGUUGACGCACUCAUUCUACAGGCGACGUCAGUGAAGAAUCUUGCAGCGAUGUAUGUAGGCUGGUGUGCAUUUUUCUGA